CUAGUAUUAGAAGCAAAACAUGAAACUUUCCCUCAGAAGUAGGCCACAAUUAGCAACUUUUGGGUGUUCAAAUGUCUAAAUUUCCUGUAAAUUAUUUGGAGCUAUCACAAAAACAUUGAACUGAUUUUUGCGCAAUUCAAACAAAAUUAUUAAAAUUGUUAUUAAUAUUUUGUAAGAAAUUUAAGGGGUAGUGCCUAUUGGAUAGGCGGACUCUUAAAUACGAUAAUGCUCGUUCGCGCACCUGGCAACAUUGGCCCAAUAAGUUGGAUUGGAUUAAAACGUAGUGAUUACUGAUUAUAUGCUCUUUGGAUUGGAUAACCUAAAUUCUUGCUCCGAAGUUCUGAACCCCGAUUCAAAUUUAUUUUGUUUAGGCUUGAAUUUAAUUAAAGCCCUCUCAAGCAAGAAUUAUGUCUUCUAGGCUUUCACAUAUUUUACAUUUAAUAGCAGCCAGCAAAAACCUAAAAAUGUCAAGAAUACACUAAAAUGCUAAGUAUGUACUUACGAAUAACAUUUUAUAAACAAUAACCUACUAAGGUUUUGAUUCUUGAAGAUCAAUAGAUUACUUAGAUAGCUUAUUAAGGUGCAAUGGACGCCCUAAAUUGUAACACGGAGUGAUAAGGAGUGGAGAGAGCAGAGCUGCCAGUGUCCACAGACUCUCAGAAGCUUAAGAUCUUUUGUGGACGGUGCGUCGAGUGAUUUCAAAAUUAACCAAUGGUGCUGUUAUGAGCUGCCAUAUGGGUUUGCAGUAAACAUUAAUUUGUUUUUUACAUAAAUAUGGUAAUAACUAGAUGUGCUGUUGUGAAUUGUCCAAACACAAGCAAGAAUAGCGACUGCAAAUUCUACAGAUUUCCAACAGUAUGGUGGAAAAAAGAACAACGAAAUAAAUGGAUAACUGCCAUAAGAAGAACAAAUCCCGAUGGAUCCACAUGGCACCCGAAACCGCAUGACAGAAUUUGCAGUGCUCACUUUGUUGGUGGCAGAAAGGCUGAGGAGCAAGCCAGUCCCAGUUAUGUUCCAAGGAUAUUUCCCCCCGUGUACAAAUCGAGACAGAUUGAUGAACAUGUGGCAAUAUUGAGGUUUCAACUUUAUAUGGAUCGAAGAAACAAAGAAAUAGAAGCAGUUUACCCUAAUAGUACAAAUCUGGAAAAGGUGGUUAUAGUUCAAGAGGAGACAGUGGUAAAGAAGGAACCCUGUAAGGAGAAUGACUCAUGUGCUACCAAAGGCCUAGCCGGUGUUUAUGCUACCAACAAGAUGAAAGAGAAACUAGAGCUGCAUGAGGAGUUUCUAGUAAAGGAGGAGUCCAUGGAAGGGGACGACUUGUUCGCUACAAAAGACCAGGCCAGUCUUCAUACUGACUGCAAGAUGAAAAAUGAAUGGGUAUUACAAGAGGAGCCUCUGAGAAAAGUGGAGCCUACUGAGGAAUACGUUUGGUCUGCUAACCUGGUCGACGAUUAUACUAAACACGUGGUGAAGAAGGAACCAGGGUUGUAUGAGGAGUUACUAGUAAAGGAGCCCCGUGAGGAGGACGAGAGCAUUACUGACGACUUGGCCACUCUUUUUACCGAUCAAAAGGUGAAGGAGGAGCUGGAGCUGGUGCGCUUGCGGAGGCCCGGUGCACCUCUUGGCUCGGGUAUGGUUACAUUGGAACUGGAAGUAGAGAAAAAGGAAGUAUUUGUGAAAGAGGAGCCCCCAUGUGAAGAUUUAGUCAGUGAAGAUGCUAGCAGCCUGUAUGAUGUUCAUGUGGCCAAAGAUGAGGAUGUGGAUGGAACUAAUCUCAACAGCUGUGGGUAUCAGUUGGCCACCACAUCCGCUGACGGACCAACGAGUAGGCAACGGACACUGUCCUAUAGAAAAUACUCCAAAGAAAAAAUACACCUGCAAAACAUGUGACCAAGAAUUCGACGAAUACGAUAAACUAACAAUUCAUAACUAAGCCACAUAGGAUACAACCCAUACACCUGUGACAUCUGUAACAAGGAUUUUGUGUUAUUAACUCACUUGGAGACGCACAAACAAUUUCACACAGGACAGAGGCCGUAUACUUGCGAAUGCGGAAAAGCAUUUACUACACCGACCAAUUUGAGAAAACAUGAAGUAAUUCACAAGACUGGAAAGCCGUAUCCUUGUGAAAUAUGUAGAAAACAGUUUCUGCUACCGGACGGUUUAAUUUGUAAAAAGAAUUUUAUGAAUCAUUCCAGUUUGAAAGCACAUACACUGGUUCACAGUGCAAAGAAAACGUACACGUGCGAAAUAUGUGACAAGACAUUUGUUAAUUUGCCUUAUUUUAAGAAACACGAACUAAGCCAUAGAGAGUAGAUACACUCGUGUGAUAUAUGUGGCGAUAUAUAUACUGCAAUGGAUAGUUUAAAGACGCACAAGAAAGCUCAUACCGAAGAAAGACCGUUUUUGUGUGAAAUAUGCAAAAAGUUUUAAAAACGAGGAUUACUUUUAACGCCAUAAACGAAUACACGUGGGAGAAAAGCCGUAUGCCUGUAAUACUUGUGAAAAGAAAUUUACUUAACCUACUCAUUUGAGAGAUCAUAAAAGGAGCCAUAAAACUCCGAGGAAUUGUUCGGAUUAAUCCCUACCGCUUCUCUUCGCCAUCACCCUACGCGACAACAUUUCCAUCCUCACCACUUAGAUGGUUGGCAGUCCUCAACUGUGCGUUUCUCCAGGAACUUUCUGCCUCGCACAGCUAAACUGUGGAAUGAACUGUUGCCUGCGGUAUUUCCGGACCAAUACGACCUUCAAACCUUCAAGAAAAGAGCGUACUCCCAUCUUAAAGGCCGGCAACACACUUACACCCUUCUGGUGUUGCAGGUGUCCAUGGGCGGCGGUAAUCGCUUACCAUCAGGUGAUCCGUCUGCUCGUUUGCGUCCUGUAUCAUAAAAAAAAUACGGAAAAAAAAUCAUUUAAAAAAACAUUCCACACUAAAGAACAGUUGACGCGGACUACUCAUUAUAUGCGGCCACACGAUGUACUUAAACCCUUAGCGCGUCUACCAUUUAUCAACUUUCAAAUUCCGAUGAUCCUGAUAUUUCAUGAAACAGAAAACUAAGCCGGGCUAGUUUUCUGUUUCAUGAAAUAUCAGAUAAUCGUAAUAAUACAAGAGAUAAAAGUAAUUUGCGCUACGACGAUGAAACACUAUGUCUUUCUCUUACUCUUCCAUAUUAGUGCGGUAGAAAAAGAGACAGCGUAAGUGGGUCACAAUUUUUUUCGUUGUCUUGUGUUUGUCCCCAAAAAAUGAGACGGAGUGGAGCUUUUUGUAUGAGAUGAUUUUUUUUUGCUCUAAAAAAAUCUUUACCUAAAUACUGUGCCCACUCCAAUCGCUCACGCUUACAUUAUAUAUGUUUUUCUCUGUAUUUCUUCGUCUACAGUGUUUUGUGAUAUAUUUUUCUACUCUACUGAACUGUCUGUACUAUCUUUUUUGUUUGAACUAUAAUAAUAAUCUGAAAUAAAUGUCAUAUAUGAUAUAUGUAAAUUAAAAUAAUGUUAAUUUAAUUUGUGUUUCAUAGUAUUUAAUUAUAAUAAAUUAUAUGUAUAAAUUAAA